AUGGACUGUGGCAAUGAAUCGCGCUCCUGGGAGAAGAAGCACAACAGCAUGAACUUUGAGUUAUACAAAAAGUUGAAGGAUGCUAGAAGUGAUUACGAUGAAUUGUGCAUGAAAGUGUCAAGCUUGAAGUCAUCGAUAAAGCAAAUGUCCAGUGAGAUGUACAUUUUGAACAAAAGGAUCCACGGUCAACAAGUACAUCAAGCUGCUGCUGAUGCCAUACCAAAGUCAUUGGCUGUUGACAGUAACACUAUCGUUCAAGGCACUGACCCUGAUGUGGUGACCACCGCCAGUAGUGGAGAAACACUCGUCAAGUAUGAAAUGACAGCCAACAAAGUCGACAAUGCUGUCCUCUCCAAUAGGCGAAAGAAGAGGAGGAAGUCAUCAGUCAAGAAGCUACAGAAAGGAAGGGCAGCUGGACGAAUCCGCUUGAAGAGACUUCACCAACAUUUGGUAGCCAGUGAAGCCAGAUCUGCUGCAACCAUGUCCAUCUUCAACAAGCCAAAGAGGGUUUCCUUCAUAGGAAACUGGCGUCGCAAUACUCAGUACCUCCGUGGCCACAGCACUCGAAGUAUGAAGCCGUACAUGUCAACGCUGUCCACAAGAAGCACAGUCAGAUUGGUAGACGAAUACAAUUCUACUGCUCAUGUUUCAAGGAGACAUAGAAACAGCUGGCUGGCUAAACAAACUACCAUGAAUCGUGAUAAGCAAGGAGCGAGUAACAUUGCCCUCAUUGGUUUUUCGGCACUGGCCUCACUUAACAACAAGGCGUUGCCUCCUUUCAGUCGAGUCCAAAAUCCUGAUAAGCACGUCUUAUCCCCCACUUAUUCACGUCUUUGCACGCCAGACUGGCAAUGUGAGGACACCCGCUUAGUCGGUGAAUUAUUGCAAUAA